AUGAAGACCGCUACUCUCUCCCUCGUUCUUGCAGCCGGUGCCGCGAGCGCCAAUCCUCUGGAGUCCCGCGCCAGCGGGGUUCAGGGCUUUGAUAUCUCCAGCUACCAGGGUACCGUAGACUUCUCCGGUGCCUACGAUGCCGGCGCCCGAUUCGUCAUAAUCAAGGCCACGGAGGGCACGACCUAUAUCGACAGCUCCUUCUCCAGCCAUUACGAGGGUGCAACCGAUGCCGGUCUUAUUCGGGGUGGCUAUCACUUUGCUCACCCGGACGACAGUUCCGGUGCAACCCAGGCCGAGUUCUUCCUUGCCCACGGGGGUGGCUGGACCAACGAUGGCCGGACCCUGCCCGGCAUGCUCGAUAUCGAGUACAACCCGUCCGGUUCGACCUGCUACGGGCUGAGCGCAUCCGAUAUGGUUGCAUGGGUCAAGGACUUCGGCGAGACCUACAACGGCAAGACGGGUCGCUAUCCCAUGAUCUACACCACCGCUGACUGGUGGAACACCUGUACCGGCGGCAGCACUGCCUUCAGGACAGACUACCCUUUGGUGCUGGCUCAGUAUGCUAGCUCCAUCAGUAGCGUCCCCGGUGGCUGGCCCUACCAGAGCAUCUGGCAGAACUCGGACUCGUACAGCUACGGCGGCGACUCGGAUCUCUGGAAUGGUAGCGAGGACUCCCUCAAGACCUUUGCUAAGGGCUAA